AUGCUCAAGGAUGAACCUCAGAAGCUGUGGAUUCCUGAGCGAGAAAAAUUCCUCAAGGAGUUCAUCAGACUCAAAGGACAUGGAGACACUAUGUUGUAUCAAACAUGCCAAGGUUUACCCGGGUGCCCGAACGAAGCUGUCGUGUGCUGUAGGGACUGUGAAGGGCUUCAGCUAUACUGUCAAGGAUGCACAGUCAUGCAGCACACUGUGACGCCUUUGUAUCACAUGGAGAUAUGGACAGGUACCUAUUUCCACUGUAUUUCACUCCAUGACCUUGGCCUAUGUGUUCAACUUGGCCAUCCUUCAGGAGUCAUGUGUUGUAACCCAGCCUCUGCGUUCGACGAUGAUUUCACCAUUCUUGAGAUCAACGGCAUACAUAGUGUCACCCUGAAUUUCUGUAACUGCACUACAGCACAAACACAUGAUAUUCAACUGUUGCACGCACGCUUGUACCCAGCUACCACUACCAAUCCACGGACGACUGCUACUUUCCACCUUCUAGACCAUUUCCAGAUGUAUACCUUUGAAUCCAAAGGAUCUGCAUUUGAGUAUUAUCAAUCACUGUCGCGUCUGACAGACAAUACAGGGACACGUCAACCGAAGGACCAUUAUGAUGGUAUUCUCAGCACAAAGGAAGGGGAGCUCGCGGUACUUUGUCCAGCUUGUCCUCAGCCAGGCAGAAAUUUGCCACAAGACUGGGAAAAUGCUCCACCGAAUGUCAAGUGGCUCUAUGGAUUAUUUCUGGCUAUUGACACAAACUUUCGGUUAUGCCAUUGCAACAAGUCUUCUGACCAAGAGGUACUGGAUGCUUCCAGUAGGCAGCUACAAGAGAAAAGUUCCUGUGCAGGUCAUAAUGCCAUCAAUCUUGCUGACACUAAAAAUGCACGUGGGAUGGCGGCCACAGGUGUUGGUGCCAUAGUUUGUGCACGGCAUAACCUGACUCAUCCAUCCAUGGUCGGUGACCUACAGAAAGGUGAAAAAUAUGUCAAUAUGGAUUAUCUUUUCUUCUCAACUUUACAGCAUGCGAGUGACAUCCAUGUCCUCAACAUCUCUUAUGAUAUCGUGUGCCAAUGGAGCAAGCAUCUUUGGAUGCAGAUGUCGCGGUACCCUUCCAGGAUCCACUUGCAGCCCGACAACAAAAAACUUAAAGAGGCAAUUCCUGAGUGUGACCAACAUAUCUUUGACCUCCAAGACUUCGAAGAAGCAAUUCCUCCAGCAAGUCUUGCAGCCUGGCAGGUCAUGAUCACUGAAUGGGAACAGGACCGAUCAAAGCCAAACCCUUUCGAGUUGGAGGCAUCGGUCGCCACACAAGCUUCUGUGAGGCUUGAACUCUCGCAACUCGAAGGGCAACAGCUUAGCCAUGGUGUCAACACCUCCCUGCAUCCAGACAUAUCUCCGAGUGUGUUAGUAGCCGUAGAAAUUGAUCUCAAAUCUCUGCAGUAA